AUGCCUCCAAACGAGACAUCCCCGCUCCUACCGAAUCCCGCUCUACAGCCCGUCUCGCCUCAUCCGAUUUCUGCAGAUAGAGAUAUACCACCUGACGAUCCAUAUGAGGAUGCUAUUGCGAAUGCUACAGGAGGAGAUAUUGAGAGAUCAGUUAGCAAUGUCAGCAACGGCGAUGCAUCGAAGCAUCAGGGCAUGCCGGAGGUCAGGAAGCGCUUGAACAUUCAGGUCUUCCUUUCAGCUGCUGACCAGACCCUCGUCGUCACAACAUACGGCACGAUCGGUACGGAACUGAAUGCUCUGAACUUGACCUCGUGGAUAGCGACCGCCUACUUCGUUACGCUCACUGCCUUCCAACCACUAUAUGGCAAACUCAGCGAUAUCUUCGGACGAAAGUCAUGUCUCCUCUUCGCGUACGUCGUUUUCGGUCUCGGUUCGGCCUUGUGCGGUCUGGCUCGAAAUAUCGAGGAAUUGAUCGCUGCGAGAGCGCUCGCGGGGAUUGGUGGGAGCGGCAUGACGACAAUCACGUCAAUCUUGAUGAGCGAUGUAAUAAGCCUGAGAGACCGGGGGACAUGGCAGGGCUAUUUGAACAUCAUAUAUGCGGCCGGAUCAGCUGCAGGAGCGCCAAUAGGUGGCUUACUGGCCGACAGCAUUGGGUGGAGAUGGGCUUUCAUUGCUCAGGGACCAAUGUGUCUGGUCGCGGUCGCAGCUGUUGCACUUGUCUUGCACCUGCCAAAGACCGACCACUCGCAUUGGGUACAGAAGCUAUCCAAAAUUGACUUUUUAGGGGCCAUCGUUCUCCUUGCGGCAGUCACUGGAGUUCUUGUCGGCCUGGACCAUGGCUCAAAUAUAUCUUGGAACAGUCCGAUCACGAUCGCAGGAUUGAGUAUGAGUCCUCUCUUCAUCAUCUUCAUCCUCGUCGAGAAACACCUCGCAAGCCACCCGCUAGCUCCGCUCCGCAUCAUCGUCAACCGCACCUUGUUCGCCUGCUACCUCUGCAACUUUUUCAGUUUCGGUGGCUGGCUGGCCGCUCUGUUUUUCAUACCACUAUACUGGCAGGUCAUUGCAGAUCUGCAUGCCGCACAAGCCGGUCUCCUCUUAGUCCCAUGCAUCAUAUGCGGCGUGAGCGGCUCGCUCUUUGGUGGAGUAUACAUGAAAAAGACAGGCAAAUAUUACUGGAUCACGGUCAUCGGGUACUCGAACCUCGUUAUCGGGCUAGCAGUGACCUUGCUCUUCGCAGGCAUCAUCAAGGAAAACAUACCUAUUAUGGUGGUGGGCACGUGUAUCACUGCAUUUUCGAACGGUAUCGGGGGUUACCACGACGCUGAUUGGUUUGAUCGCGAAUGCUAA